AUCCACCACCACAGCAGUAGCCAUGCGCGCCGUCGUUCAACGCGUCCUCAACGCCAGUGUAACAGUCGAUGGCAAGGUCAUCAGCGCGAUCGACAAGGGCCUGAUGGUGCUGGUCGGCGUCGAGCGGAACGACACACCAGCCGACGCGUCGUGGAUCAUCAAGAAGAUCCUGGCCGCCAAGCUGUGGGACGAUGCGACGACUGGCGCGUGGCGCAAGAACGUGGCGGAUAUCGAGGGCGAGGUGUUGUGUGUGUCGCAGUUCACCCUGUUUGCAAAUUUCAAGGGCGCGCGGCCAGACUUCCACGAGUCGAUGUCGACCAUCCCAGGAAAGGCAGCGUACCACGCCUUCCUCGACGAGAUCCGGCAGACGUACCGCGCAGACAGGAUCAAGGACGGCGAGUUCGGCGCCAUGAUGCAGGUUGCGCUGGUCAACGACGGCCCCGUGACCGUCAUGUUCGACUCGCGCGACCGCGCCCCGAAGAGCAGGGGCACGUCGGGCGCCAGCACGCCCACCGCCAGCCCCGAGGAGCUCGCCAAGGCCAAGCUUGCUGCGCGGGCGGAGAAGAAGGCCGAGUGGGAGCGGCGGAAGGCGGCGGGCGAUGUGCCGCCUGGGUUGAGGGGGAAGGGCGAGAGCGUGGGGGAGGGCAAGGCGGAAUGA